CCGAGCUGGCAAUGCCAGCAGAACUGCAGGACCUGCGUUACUCAUGCAGCCCUGAGCCGAGGCCGCCGCAGAAGCUUCUCCUUUCAUAGAGAGGCCUUGACGGGCCUGAGGAUGCAGGACCAAGGCUUAAACAGGUUUCAAUCCUAGACGGUCGACAAAGCAAUGAUAGAUGUCCAAAUGUGACAGGCAGAGAAUGGCAGGCCACAAACCUGUAGACGCAUGUGAACACGGCAUUGGAACCUAGGAGUCUGACUUUCAAGUGAGGCAGCAGGGCAGUCAAAGCUGGAACGCUGGUUGCUAAAAGGAGUUGCUUAAUUCACUUUGAGGCUUGACAUCCGUAAUAUAUGGCUCCCUCCGCCCUUCAGUGCUUCCUGCUCCUCCUCACCCUGACGGCAGCAGCGGCAAGCACCAUCGUAGAGCCGGCCUGGGAGCGAGAGAUGGCGUACAUUCGAGACUGGGUAGAAUCCAAGUUCUCCGACAGAUUGCAUGCCUUCAAAGACGAGCUCUCUGCUUCCAGGCUGGAGGCCUUUGCUUCAGAGCUGGGGGUGUCGUCCCCCCAGGCGACGGAAGUAGGGGUCGGGGCUGCUGAGAUGCCAGAAACCCUGGGGAAAGAGGCCUUGUCAGAAAAGGUAGCCAAUCUGAUUUUCGUGGACCAGCCUAUCGGCACCGGAUUUAGUUAUAGCCACGACCCGCGUGACAUCGUGCACACCGAGAAGGGCGUGUCUGAGGACAUGUACGAUUUUCUGCUGGCAUUCUACGCAGCGCACCCCGAGUACCAGGACCACGACCUGUUCAUCACCGGCGAAUCGUAUGCUGGGCACUUCGUUCCGGCGGUCGCCGCCAAGGUGCACGCCAUGAACAAGGCCAAGCAGGGGCCGCACCUCAACCUCAAGGGCAUCGCAAUCGGGAACGGGCUGACCCAACCCGACAUUCAGUAUGGCGCUUACGCCAAUUACGCGUACCAGAACCAACUAAUCGCCAAGACUACUUACGAGGCGCUGCGCGUAAAGUAUCCGGUAUGCGCCACGGCUAUCCACGCGUGCGGCACCAACGGCUCUGUCAGCUGCGUUGCGGCGUUCUACAUUUGCCAGACAAUUGUCGACCCCAUCCUGGCGGAAGCGAACAACAUGAACAUAUACGACAUCCGCAAGAAGUGCGACUUCGGACCCCCGCUUCCCGAGAUUCAGACGGCGAUGCUGGCGGACAUCAUGCGCAGCCUGGAGCCCAAGAUUCCGGCGCUCCUGGAGGACGGAAUCCGCUUCCUGAAUUUUGCGGGCGAGGACGACUUCAUUUGCAACUGGAUCGGCAACUCUCGGUGGAUGGCGGCUAUGGAGUGGUCGGGCCAGGAAGCGUACAACAAAGCGCCCUGGGUUAACUUCACGGUUGACAGAGAGUUUGCCAGCAACUUCACCGGAACCGACCUGCUCGGGUUUCUCAAGGUCAAGGACGCGGGGCACAUGGUCGCAAUGGAUCAGCCGCGAAAUGCACUCGAGAUGAUGAGGAGAUUCCUUCGCGGGGAAAGAAUGGGCAGUGGAAGAGCAAAUUUCCUCGAUCACGUGGUUUAACUAGAUUGAUUGACCAGUGUAUCCCGGCCAGUCGAAAGGUCGUAGGUGAUUACCUUUUCUUCUAAAACUGUCUCGAAGAUGGGUAUUAUUGCGCCAGCGAAUCAUACUGGACGGUAAGAUUGUACCUGCAAAACGCGACCUUGGAAAGGCACAUAGUAGCAAAUGACGAAGAAAACAUUAAUCAGGGCUUGACAAUCCAAAGCGGAAUUGGUUACCGUCGUACAUGUUGAGUGUGUUAAGGGAGGACUUCAAGCCUUGGUGAAUUUUGAUUGUUCUGGAGAACAUGGAGUAGUGGACCGGAAAGAGCCGCUUGCGGCCCAGCUGAACACAAGUUCGUGCACGCUGACUUGCAGAUAGACUACUAUUACCGCAUGAAUCCCAGAACUACGGAAGUUGAGAACGUCCGAGAAUUGAAACUCAGAGCCCGAGGCACAUUCCGUGCACCGAGCUCAAGAAUGCAUCAUAAAACCUGCCGGG